AUGGAAAAGCGAUGUCGCCAUUUGUCCAAAGGAGAGGCCAAGUCGGCCUUCAUUCUUGACUUCGAGGUUCCACAUGUUCAGCACCGAGAAGGAGGCAUCGUCAGAUUCCGCCAAAUGAAAAGGAUUGAUGAUGACGAUCUGUACGACAGGUCUGGUACACUCCGACCGUCAGGUGAAAGCUACUCGAGUGGGAAUGUUUCAUCUGCUGGAAAUUAG